AUGCGAGAUCUGGUUUCUGCUCAUUUUGGCGUCCAUUCAACUGCUGAUUUAGGCCGGUAUUUGGGCCUUCCAUCGGUCCUAGGGUGUAACAAAACGGCCACUUUCAAGUUCAUUGAGGAAAAAGUCAGGGAACGCAUUGGAGUAUGGCAGCAUAAGCUUCUUUCCAAGGCGGGUAAGGAGAUUCUCAUUAAGAGCAUAGCUCAAUCUCUACCCAUUUUCACGAUGUCUGUUUUUCUGCUACCUUUGCGUGUUUGUGAUUCUAUCGAGAAAUGCUUCAAUCGGUAUUGGUGGGGAAGUAGGGAUACGGGGAACAGAGGAAUUCAUUGGUUGAGCUGGGCUAGGCUUUGCGAGCCAAAGAUGCGGGGUGGUAUUGGCUUCAAGAAACUUCAUGAAUUCAACGUGGCUUUGUUAGCGAAGCAUGGGUGGCGUCUAUUAAGCCAUCCGGAAUCUUUGGUUUGCAGACUCCUGCAAGCGAAAUACUAUCCUCAGACUGAUUUCAUGGAGGCACAGUUAGGGAGGAAUCCCAGCUAUAUAUGGCGAAGCAUAUUGGCUGGGCAAGAGGUACUAAAGAAAGGGGUGGCUUGGCGCAUUGGGGAUGGUUUGGACACUAAGAUUUGGGGGUGGAACUGGGUUUCAGACAACAGUACCCCAGCCUUGUUCACUCCUUGUAUUGAGGAGUUGAAGGAUGCUCGGGUGAAUGGGUUAUUGAUACACAGGGCAGUUGGGAUGCCGAUGUAG